AUGGGAUUGAAACCUUAUUUAGAGUUGCGAGGUCGAAUUUCGCAAGUUUGGUUGAAUCAGUACACUUUACUGUUAGUACUGACCAUUUUAAAACUGACACUGUUUUCCGUUUCGCUAAAAAAUGCAAUCAAUACUUCAAAAUCGUACGCCUUGAAUAGUUGCGAUUCGAUCGAUGCUCUCUAUUCCGAAUUUAAGGAUUCCGCUCCUACAUACAUGUGCCAGUUUGGCAACUACUUAGUUGAGCAAUCUAUAACACAAUCCGUAAAGGCGAGUCUGAAAACUGUCUCAUUACUGGUCGAUGCUGGUGAGCAACUAGCAAUAUUCCUGUUUGACUUCUAUUACGGUACCUAUGUAUGUCUUGCCACAGGUGCUGUGGAUGGUGCAGUUGACGUCGCAACAAACACCACUGAAAAACUACUUGAUGUGGUAAAUAGCACACUGCUCACAGUAGGCAACGACAUUGACUCCGGGCUCGAUGACCUAUCUGGAGUGAUCAACAAGAUAAUGGAAGCAGUGAAUGAUGUGAAGAGCUUCUUUAAAAGCGGAAGUGAACCGUCUGAUGUUGAUUCAUCUUUUAACGCAUUAAAUCUGAGCAUUGCAAAACUCCGAAAUAUUCACCUCCCGGCUUCGAUUGAUCUCAAGCUCAGCCAAUUGGCGAACAAAACACCCAAUUUUGAAACUGUGAUGAACAAAACGCAUGUCGCAAUUUCAACUCCGUUCGAGGAUGUGCGAUCCAAAAUUUCUAGUGUCAAUGUUUCGCGACUUUUAGCUGACCAUCAAGAGAUGUAUUUGCCCUCACCAAAUCUCACCAAUUCGACAUCGACAGGUCUAUGCUCUGCCAGCAAACCUGCCAUUUUGGACUUUUACACCGACGUUUUGAAGGCUAUCAGCGCACUGGUCAUUAUUUUAGUGACGCUGCUGGCUGUAGGGGCUCUUGUUGCGAUGCUACCAUCAGUGUGGUCCGAAUACAAACAGUGGAUGCGAUUGAGCAGGCUGCAGGCUUUGUCAGACGAAAAAACGGCCAUAGGGUCGGCACAUUGGGGAGAAAGCGACGUCAUACAAAAUUACCAAAAGGUAUUCAACCGGUGGCCGUGCGCGUGUGGGGACUGGCUCGCAAAUCGGCUCUCGAAGAAUAUUCGGACCCGCUGGAAAAUACGUUGGUGUGUAGCAUACGCCAUGUCACCCCGCGCGCUCACGGUGCUCGGAAUUGCCCUUGCGGGCAUCGUCAUGUGUAUAUGUCAGUUUUGCCUGCUAGCGGCCGCGAGACAAGCUCUAACAAGUCCCAAAGUUGCCUCCGCGUCUCAGGCAGCCCUCAAUACCGCUAAUGCCACUUUACAGGACGAUUUGCAGAACUGGGUGCUUGCAACUAAUGAGUACAUCAACGCUUCGCGGACACAGCUCAAUGACGAAGUUUUCGGAUGGAGUCAGGACGCCACCACUGCUUUGAACCACACAAUUUCCGGCGCCAUCGAAGACAUCGACGCUGUUCUCGCAGAUUUCUUCAACAAUACUUUGUUAUACAGCCCUAUGACAACCGUUGUUCACUGCACGAUCGAAAACAAACUCUACAAGAUCCAAAAAGCUCUGACCUGGCUCCACAACAACCUACAGUUCCCCAUACCGCUGAUAGACGCUGCUGCACUGCAAAAUUGGGCUCUCAACAGCAACCAAUCUACGCAACAGUUGUCACAGCCAGGCGUCAACGGUUCCAAAGGUUUUGAGCCCUCUGCGGUAGCUAGAAAGCUCGUUGAAACUGCAAAGGAAGCCCUUGACAGUGUGCUACGUCAGUUCUACUCCGCCACCAUCUUUGAGCUUGCUGUCGCUCUUAGCUUGCUGGCUAUAUGGAUCUUACAGUGGCUCAUCGCCGUUAUUUUCACCAUGGUGGUCUACGCGGCUUAG